AUGUCGGGUUACAAAUUGUGGAGAAAGGAGCAAGGGUGGGCGGGUUUUUGUAGAGUGGAUGGGAAUUGGUGUAGUCUUUGGAAUAUUGGGGCUCCUCCAAGAGUCAAACAUUUACUAUGGAAAAUUUGUAGGGGCUGCCUCCAACCAAGAGUUAGGCUUCGACAACACCGUGUCUCCUGCCCAGCUUCAUGUCCGUUUUGUGAUAACCCGUUGGAGGAUAUAUGGCAUGUUCUUUUUGGCCGAGAGGAUAGUAUGACGGCGGGGAGAGUUGCAGUAAUGAUUGAGGUAAUAUGGAAAAAUAGAAAUAAUCUUAUUUGGAAUAAUGAGAGUGACAAUUUUUCUAGACUUGGGUUACAUGCUUUAUCUAGCUGGCACGAGUGGCAUUUGGCUCAAGAGAGUGUCAUUCGGGUUAAUAACCAACAUGCAAGCACGUCUUUGAGCCCACCGGGGGUUGGAAUGGUAAAGUGUAAUGUUGAUGCAGGUUUUAAUAUUUCCCGUGGUACUUCGAAUUGGGGCUGGUGUGUGAGGAAUCAUUUGGGUUCUUUUGUGGUAGCAGGUACAUCGUGGGAUUUCGGUCUUUUUCCUAUUCUUGAGAUGGAAGCGUUGGCCCUCAAGGAGGCUAUACUUAAUGUCAUCGAUUUACUAUUCGAUCAUGUUAUCUUCGAGAGUGACUGCCAAAGAGUGACGCAAGCUAUCCAAUCCAACCACAAUGGUAUUUCCGAGUUUAGUUACAUUAUUUCUUCUAUUAAGUCUUUGUUGACCUCAUUUCCUAACUUUGAGGUAAAGUUUGUAAAACGCCAAGCGAAUUCGGUUGCUCAUACGUUAGCUAAGGUCGCCGAUUCUUGGACUAGGCGUAGUUUAUUUUACACAAAUCCUCCUUAUAUUGAAUCUUUGUUGAUUAAUAAUAUGAGUUAA